AUGAAUUGUGAUAGUAAAACUGUGUACUCCGCUCUUUACCAUCACCCAGUGAUGACACCUUUUGAAGUCAGACUUCCGAAAGAACACAUGGCUGAAUACUUCCAAAGGUCAUCAAAUCACGGAAGCCAUAUUGGAAACCGCUCUUGCCAUGUAAAGCAGGUAUGCAUGCAGUUGGCCACACCGACUAAUGUGGGAUACACUUUCCAGGAAAGAAUUAACUAUCCAUAUGUACCUCAGGAUGGUAGGGGCUUGCCUUCAAAUAAUCAGACAGGAGGGUUUAGUGUGGAAAACUCCCAAAGAGUUGACAAUAUGUGCUCACAUGCAUAUAAUAUGAAAACACGUGGUGUCAGACAUACACCAUGUUCAGCUGGUGUUAACAACUAUAACAUUUCUGGAUUCUCUGAUAAUUCCAAACCAAUGUACAAUUUACUACUAAAUGUUGGACAGCUUCAGUUAUCGUCAUAUCACAUGGAAGUAAAUGGCAAUGCCACACUUUAUGAACAGACAUAUAGUGGUCAUGAUUAUCAUAAUGAUUGCCAGUUAGGAAGUAAUUGUCAGAGUGUUGAUGCGACUCUUCCUAGUUCAUGUUUCCCGAUGCAACCAUGGCAUGUGGUGAACACCGGCCAUCACACCCUACAACCUCAAUCUCAUUCCAUUGCAUACCCAUGGCAGUUUACUCAUGGACAAGAUUUCAGAUCUUGGAACAUUAAUCGUCUCCUUCUGAGCUCACAGCCUUACCAAAUUGAUUCUAUGCAGAUCUCAACAGAUGGCAACACUCUGACCACUAGCAGAUUCAGAAAUGAAGUGCCCAUCUCUAGUUCCAGUUUGAACUUUAGACCUGUGAAGGACCUGGUGCAGCCUGUUGACAACUAUUUCAAUCAUUCUUCUAGAUCUUUUGAUGACAACACUAGCACAACAAGAACCUCGCAGGACUCUGAUAUCGACUCUCUUGAAUCAUUUGGAAGUGGUCCAUAUAUUGAUCAGAUUGACAUGACGGCCAAUCAAUUGUCCGACUUCAGUCCACAUGGUCCUAGGUCUCCAGAAAGUUUUCGUGGAGACACGCCCCACCCCGAGCUCUGGUGCAUGGACUAG